AUGCUCUCCGAGCUCCCAUCCGAGAUCAUAUAUCAUAUCGCGACAUAUCUCCCGACUGCCAAUUCAUUGGCCCAUUUAUCCCAGACAUGUCACCGACUGCACGGCAUUAUCACAGCUGAAAAUUCUCGGAUCUUCCGAGCCUUUGUGCGAAGCAGAUUUCCAUCUAUCGAAACACCACCGUUCUGGAAAGAUGCAGCACAAGCUUUGACCUCCAGGUCCCGGGCCUUGGACAGAAAAGCUAUUAUUGGACGAUUUGUUGUGCCACCUGAAAAUACGACCAAAAUUGGUUCUCACGAGGUGAAUCGCCAAGACAACCCGACUCUCGGGUACAGACCUGCAAUUGAUUCUUACGAGAUCUGGAAUGGCCAGUCUUGGGCUGAUAGGAAAGAAGUUCUUGCCUGGGGUGCUGCCAACCAGCUUGUGAUGAGGAUUAAGCAAACCGGUGCUCGCUCGAAAGAAGACUGGCUUGUGUUUAAUGAUGUUGAUCAUAUUAGUAGCUAUGAUGAUAUUUGUUCUCUACAUCUUUUGUCUUCGGAAAGUCAUUACAGCAAUGAUACCAACGUGGAGCAUCUGAUCUUUGGUCGGGUUCGAGGUGAUAUUGCUCACCUUGCCAUCUCUCCCAAUGAAGCAACCUUUGAAUACAAGCAGAAGUUCUUGGCACAUGGUCUCAGACUCGAUAGAACAGAUUUGAGCAUUGAUACAACCUCUACUUUGGCUGCUCAUUUUGAAAAUGGAUCAAUCGCUUUCUACCAUACCGAGACCGACAAGGAAGAGAUCGAGCCAUUUACAUGGCUUCUCCCGGAAGGCUCCUCACGAAUCAACUACUCCAAAUUGCUAUCCUCUUCAUUAGUGGCAGUGGGAACCGGAAAUGUGGAAAACUCCUUGUCCAUCUCGAAGAUCACACCAGACGGUGUCUCCGCAUAUCGAAAUAUCGGAAUCGGCUCUUUAGACACAGACUCUACAAGCCUCAAAUCAAAAGUCAAUAUUAGCGCCAUUGAACCCCUCAAUAAACACAAUCUAGCAGGCUCGCCGGGCGAAGUCUUCCUAACCGCCUGGGACGAUUACACUGUCCGACUCCACGACCUGCGCUCCCCAAGGCCUUACGAAGUCUCCUACAAAGACGCCACAGACCUCAACCCCAUCUACAGCCUCCACGCCUUUGGCCACGAGAGCUUCCUAGCCGGAGCCGGCGGCGAAGCCGUGGUCAAGAUCUUUGACCUGCGCAUGUGUAACACGUACAGUUACCUGGACGCACAAGUCCCCAACUCGCAAUCGCAGAGCACACCAACGACAACGAAGACCAAAGCGAACAGCACACUCAGGACAAAAGCAAACCCCCAUCCUAAAAAGGGCUUCUCCAUAUUCCUCUCCUACCCACCACCCCCGACAUUCCCCCAACAAACCCCAGCCCCAGCCCGCACCCGCCAAAGAGGUCCCUACCGCGGCCCUAUCUAUACAAUGUCGUCGCCCUCGCCCUCCUCCCCAACUGUCUACACGGGUAUCGUGGAUGGGGUCGUUCAGCUUGACUUUGCGUCUACGGAUGACCUAACUGGUCCGCACGAAGAAUGGUACGAAUAUAAUCUGGACCUAGGCGUUAACACGGGUCCGGAGGUUUCACCGCGCUGGAACGCCGAGUCGUUCAAUUUGGCUGGGUAUGAGCGCCCGGAUGAUGAUGACUUCGCUACUACGUCUAAGCUGAGGAAUCAGCGUGCAUUUGCGGAUCUUGGGCCUGGGGAUGUGGCAGAGGCGCAUACAAAUUGGGAUUGUAGAUGGGAGACUUUGGAGGAACCUGGGGCUUGGAGAAGACAGGAUGGGUAG